AUGAACUUGAGUGCGCCUGCGCGCCAGCGCCCGGGGUCGGGCGCGGGGAGAAGAAGGGGCCGGCCUUCGAGCGACAGCGACGCAAGAUGGCAGCCACCACGGGCUCGGACAAUUUAUGAAAACCGAAUAUACAGCCUUAAAAUAGAAUGUGGACCUAAAUACCCAGAAGCACCCCCAUUUGUGAGAUUUGUAACAAAAAUUAAUAUGAAUGGAGUUAAUAGUUCUAAUGCAGUGGUGGAUCCACGGGCCAUAUCAGUGCUAGCAAAAUGGCAGAGUUCGUACAGCAUCAAGGUCGUUCUGCAAGAGCUACGGCGCCUAAUGGUGUCUAAAGAAAACGUGAAAGUCCCUCAGCCGCUGGAAGGACAGUGCUACAGCAAUUAAUCAAAAAGAAAACCACAGCCCCCAUUCGAUUUAAGCAGUCUUCAUUUUCCACCGUAGUAAAUUUUCUAGAUACAUGUUGUAGACUCAGAGUACUGGACAGGAAGCUUCCAUUCAAAGGCAGUUU